AAACUAGAUGCCAAAUCACUUAUAAAGCUAAAUUUUGCUAAAAACAGUGAAGGCAAAUACCACUGUCCAGUGCUGUUUACUGUAUUCACCAAUAACUCCCAUAUUGUGGCCAUCAAGACAACAGGAAAUGUGUUUGCCUAUGAGGCAGUUGAGCAGCUGAACAUAAAACCAAAGAGCUACAAGGAUCUUUUGACAGAUGAGCCCUUCACUCGGCAAGACAUUGUGACACUGCAGGAUCCAACAAACCUGGAUAAGUUCAAUGUCUCAAACUUCUUCCAUGUUAAGAACAACAUAAAAGUGACUGAUCCAGAUGAAGAAAAAGCAAAAUUAGAUCCAUCUUACUAUUUGAAAAAUACAAACACAGAGACCCGAGAGACUUUACUGGAGCUUUAUAAGGAAUUCAAAGGCGAUGAUAUUCUAGCAGCUACUAUGAAGGCUCCUGAAAAGAAGAAAGUGGAUAAGCUGAAUGCAGCUCACUAUUCCACUGGAGCAGUAAGUGCUUCCUUCACCUCCACUGCAAUGGUGCCUGAAACUACACACGAAGCAGCUGCUAUUGAAGAAGAUGUUGUGAGAUACAAAUACGUGAAGAAGAAGGGCUAUGUGCGACUUCACACUAAUAAAGGAGACCUAAACUUGGAGCUUCACUGUGAUAUGACACCCCGAACAUGUGAAAAUUUUAUCAAAUUGUGCAAGAAGAACUACUAUGAUGGAACAAUUUUUCACAGAUCAAUUCGUAAUUUUGUGAUCCAAGGAGGUGAUCCAACUGGAACAGGAACAGGAGGAGAAUCUUACUGGGGAAAACCUUUCAAAGAUGAAUUUAAGCCCAAUUUGUCCCACACGGGACGUGGUGUUCUUAGUAUGGCCAAUUCGGGACCCAACACAAACAAAUCGCAGUUCUUCAUCACAUUCCGCUCGUGUGCAUAUCUGGACAAGAAGCAUACAGUUUUUGGAAGGGUGGUUGGUGGCUUUGAGACUCUGACUGCUAUGGAGAAUGUGGAAAGUGACCCAAAAACAGACCGUCCUAAGGAGGAAAUACGAAUUCAGACAACAACCGUUUUUGUUGAUCCGUAUGAAGAGGCGGAUGCCCAGGUUGCUGCAGAAAGAGAGAAAGUCCAGCUAGAAGAAGAAGCAGCCAAAACAAAAGCUGAGGUGGUCCCACCAAAGAAAGAGGUCCAGACUCCUAAAACUUACCGGCAGGGGAUUGGAAAAUACAUUAACAUGGCUGCAGCGAAGCACAGCAUGGAAGAUGACGGGCCCUCAACCAGCACAGCUGCGAAGAAAGAGAAAAAGAGCACCGGCUUCGGGGACUUCAGCUCCUGGUAGCAGCGCGGGGAGCCUAGCACUGGGGCAGCACAGCACAAAAAGAAAGGCGGCCUCCCACGUGUCCCCGAAGAGCCCGAAAGACAGUCUGUCCUGGGGAGGGAAGGCACCAGCCUGCUCUUCCACUGGGGAAGAAAACUGUUGCUUUGUUAAGGCUGGUUAAUGUGGCUUUGUUUUCUAGAGAGCUUCGUUCCCCCCACUGCAUCUUCCUCGAAGGCCUUUUUGUUGUUGUUUUGCUAAGCAGGGAGCAGGCCGCCCAGCUCUGCUGGGGAUUAGCUGGAGUCUUUGCUUGGCUGGCAGCAGACCAGGCAGAGCCCAGCCUUGCAGGAUGCUACUUCAGUGAACAGCUACGCUGGUGGAAGAGCUCCUUUUACAGGUAAUCGUUUCCAGAUGAGCCAAGUCUGCCAAAUGAAGGAAUGAAUUGAUGUGCUGGGGAAGCGCCUGUGCUGCUUUGCAGAGGGGAGGAGAGGGCUUCAGCCUGUUCUGCCCUUCCCUCCAGCUGCCUUUUGCUAGUUCUCAACAAAGACCAAUUCUGUCUCUUGCUCUUUGCAGGCCUGCCUCCUGGCUGGACUGACUGCU